AUGGCUAUCCAGAAGAAGCAUGGCAAAGGCCGCUUGGAUAAAUGGUAUAAGUUGGCGAAAGAGAAGGGUUACCGAGCGAGAGCUGCUUUCAAGCUGAUCCAGCUUAAUAAAAAGUAUGGGUUUUUGGAGAAGAGCAAAGUUGUAAUAGACCUUUGUGCUGCACCUGGCUCGUGGUGUCAAGUUGCUGCAGAAUGCAUGCCUUCACAGUCGCUAAUUAUCGGCGUCGACCUUGCUCCCAUCAAACCCAUUCCGAAAGUCAUUACCUUCCAGAGCGACAUUACCACAGACAAAUGUCGGGCUACGAUACGACAGCAUCUUAAAUCCUGGAAGGCUGAUACUGUUCUCCAUGAUGGUGCGCCAAACGUUGGUGUAGCAUGGGUUCAAGAUGCCUUCUCACAAGCGGAGCUAGUUCUCCAGUCUCUAAAGCUAGCGACCGAAUUUCUGGUUCCAGGGGGAACAUUCGUUACCAAAGUCUUCCGGUCAAAAGAUUACAACCCGUUAUUGUGGGUAUUUAAGCAACUUUUCAACACCGUGGAAGCUACAAAACCCCCUUCGUCACGAAACGUCUCUGCCGAAAUUUUCGUUGUGUGCCAAGGCUUCAAGGCUCCCAAACAUAUCGUCCCGAAAGUCCUUGACCCUAAGCAUGGGAGCCAAAUAACGGGGGGUAAAAUGGUGCCUAUUGAAAGUGAUGAGGACGAAGAAGAUGAUAAUUCGACAACCGUUGAAGAUGAUUCAGACGAAGAGGAAGAUCGGCUAGAGCGCGAGUUAGAUUCCAUGUACGAGAGAUACCGAGCUGAUAGGGAAGAUCGGGAUGCAAAAUUACGUGCUAAAAAGGCUCGCAAAGAAUUUGAAACGGAAGAGUGGGAAGGGAUUUCUGAUUCCGAUAAAGAGGGCGACGAGGACACAGAUGGCGAUGAUGCAAGGUUGCAAGAUGCUAUACCGCGACCUACGGUUGAUAGUAAAGGGUUAUCUAACAGGGCUGCGAUGUUUUUCGACCAAGAUAUAUUCCAAGACUUGGGAGACCUCGGUGACGACGACGAAGAAGAUGUGCCAGGGGCAGGGUCUAAGGACGGGACCGCAACUCGGGACCAAGAAGACAUCACAGAAGAUGAAGAGGAGUAUUCCGAUGUUUCUGAUAGUGUCGACGAUGUUCCAGAAAUACAAAUACCUGCAAAGCUGGACAGGAAACAACCAUCCGAGAAACGAGAAUCUACACGUAAAAUGAACUCGAAGGGUAAUGAGAUAUACCCUGAGUUUGAAGAGGAGGAGAGACAAGACCCUCGGAAGAAGAAUGGACAACUUGACAUCGACAUAAUAACAGCAGAAGCCAUGGCUCUCGCUCAACAAAUCGCCAUGGGCGAGAAAACAACCCACGACGUUGUCGACGACGGAUUCAACAGAUAUACUUUCCGCGACACCGAUGGACUCCCAGAGUGGUUCCUAGAUGACGAGGGCAAACACUCCAAGCCCCUAAGGCCCAUCACUGCUGCCGCAGCCGCGGCUAUCCGUGAAAAGAUGCGCGCCAUAAACGCCCGCCCUAUCAAAAAGGUACUGGAAGCCAAGGGCCGCAAAAAGUUCAAGGCUGCGCAGCGGUUGGAGAAACUGCGCAAGAAGUCUGCAUUGCUGGCGGAAGACGAGGCGAUGAGCGAGAAGGAUAAGGCGCAGACGAUUGCGCGCAUGAUGAGUCGCGCGAUGAAGAAGAAGCCGAAGCAGACUGUGAAGCUUGUUGUGGCCAAAGGGGCCAACAAGGGCAUUUCUGGCAGGCCCAAGGGCAUUAAGGGGAGGUAUAAAAUUGUGGAUUCAAGGAUGAAGAAGGAUAUUAGAGCCGAGAAGAGGUUGGCGAAGAAGAGGAAGAAAAAUUAA